AUGGAAGCCGCAGCUCUCAAGAAAGCCUCGAAGAACAAGAACUUCCAGGCCGUGAAAAAGUUCUGGGACAGCUUCAUCUACCCCAGGAACGUCGAGGUGGUCAAGGGAAAGGACCCCGAGGGCAUCUUCGCCGAGAACAUGAAGGGCCGCGUUGACAUCACGCGCAACUUCGAUGGCAAGGAACUCAACAUUGAGUACCUGUUCGGUCUCUUUGUCGGACCCACCACGAGCACGCAGUUCACCCUCAUCCCCGUCCCCGUCAACUACACGUUCUCCGAGUUCGUUACCGCUGACAACGUUGCGUCGACAUCCGUCAUCGUCAACCUCAAGCACCUUGCUUCGGGUGUUACGACCCCUAUCCAAAUCGACUCGUUCACUCGCUACGACAAAGAUGGAAAGUUAGCCCAAUACGACGCCAUCUUCCGUCGCAUCAGUCUGCAGCUCACCGCCGUCGUCCAGCGCAUGGCGCCCUACAUCCUCACCGAGUACGCCAAGUUCACCAAGGCGGCUCCUCCGGCUCCCACCGCCGAGAACGUGCAAAAGGCUCUCGUCGUGCUGCAAGCCGACAGUAUCUGCAACACGGCCGCCACUUCCUGCACCGGCGCCCUCUCGCAGUACUCGUCUUACGCUGAGUGCUUCAACUUCCUCACCACCCAGAUCCGGUUCGGUACCGCGUACGAGGGAGGUCAGAACACCCUGUGGUGCCGCACUGUGCACCAACAGAUGGUCCCUUUGGCUCCCGAGGUGCACUGCCCCCACAUCGGCAAGACCGGCGGAGGUCAAUGUACCGACUUCCAGUACGAGGACUUCAUGAUACCUUUUUACGACGCUCCCUUCAUUGCUUCUUAG